CGCGGAGCCAAGACAUGGAAAGCCCAAAUCUACUUCUAACCGGCUUCAAGCUCGACCAAGCCUCGUCGUCAUGCCGCCCAACCCUUGACCACCUAACAUUGGAACAGACUUGACAUCCAGUCCCGAUCGCUGGCUGGCAGCCACAUUCCGAGGUGGCACCCGGCGCUUCCAGCCCGUAAAACGAGCAAAGCCCCCUGCAAAACACAUGUCGGAACUGGGAAACCCCUCCGAACGUCGCCCGAACCAGCAGCACAGGCACCACGCGCGCGUGCCCAACACGACGCAGGUGGUCACCGGCGCAGGGGUCAACAUCGUCCUCAAGGCCGACCAGCCGACGGGGCGCACCGUCUCCGGGGCCGUUCGCGACGUGCUGACGCGCGGGAACCACCCGCGCGGCAUCAAGGUGCGCCUGGCCGACGGUCGCGUCGGUCGCGUCCAGAGCAUGGCGCCAUCCGCGGCCGGGCCCCCGGACGGCGGCGGCACCGGCGCAGGUGGCGUCGGCGCCCCCGAUGCGGCGGGCGAGCCGUCCUGGAUGGUCAGAUCCGAGGGCGCCCAGGGCGGCGCCCGGCGGGGCCUGGUGAGGGAUGCCCGGCUCGAUGAUGACGACAAGCCGGCGGAGCAGAUCGGGCUGGACGCGUACAUCAAGCAGGCGAAGCCAAAGGGGCGCAGGAAAGGGAAGGGCAAGGACGGGGGUGGUGCGCCUGUGGGUCCCCCAGCCGAGGACACAGACGACGGCGGUGUGGCAGCCGCAUCCCAGUCCGCAGCGGCGGCGAGCUGUCCAGUGUGCGGGGCAUUCGAAGGGGAUGAAGCGGCCGUCGCGCAUCACGUGGCAGGUCACUUCGAGACGUGACGGCGCCGCAUUUGCUCCUUGCGACGCUAGCAAAUCCAGAAUGCGAUGCGAUGAGUUUUGAAAAAUGUCGCGCAGGCCAUGGUCGGUUGACGGCAAGCUCCAUGUCCAACAGAUAUUCCAAGAUGCCUUGCUCAUAAACCGCCACACAAUAUCUGAGCCAACCUUGUUCUUCUGAAAUCGCUAACUCGUCGUGGAGAUCUGUUCCCUUUUCAGCGUCUUUCCUCCUCAUUUUAUCUCGC